GCCCUGCUGUCACCAUGCCGGAAGUUGAGAGAAAAUCCAAGAUUACUGCUUCCCGCAAGCUCAUGCUGAAGAGCCUGAUGCUGGCCAAGGCCAAGGAAUGCUGGGAGCAGGAGCACGAGGAGCGAGAGGCUGAGAAGGUGCGCUACCUGGCCGAGCGCAUCCCCACGCUGCAGACCCGAGGCCUGUCCCUCAGCGCCCUGCAGGACCUGUGCCGGGAGCUGCACGCCAAGGUGGAGGUGGUGGACGAGGAGCGAUAUGACAUCGAGGCCAAGUGCCUCCACAACACCAGGGAGAUUAAGGACUUGAAGUUGAAGGUGCUGGACCUCCGUGGAAAGUUCAAGCGCCCGCCUCUGCGACGGGUCCGCGUCUCCGCUGAUGCUAUGCUCCGGGCUCUGCUGGGCUCGAAGCACAAGGUGUCCAUGGACCUGAGGGCCAACCUCAAGUCUGUGAAGAAGGAAGACACAGAGAAGGAACGGCCUGUGGAGGUGGGCGACUGGAGGAAGAACGUGGAGGCCAUGUCUGGCAUGGAAGGCCGGAAGAAGAUGUUUGAUGCUGCCAAGUCUCCAACCUCCCAGUAGAGGU